UGUAUGGAAGACACGAUUUUUACUGCGUUAGAGGGAGGGGUACACUUGUUGUUGUACGAUUGAAAGUUGGGGGUGAAAGUGGCGCUAUCGGGGUGCAAAGACGUCGGAUCUCUCAUUCAAAAUAGGUAUUCGAAGAAAUCACCGAAACCAAGAAGAAGUGGAUGCUCUAGAAGGGAAGCAAAGUCCUCCUCCAGAAACGGUUUGCUGGAAUGGGUAAUCUUCUAAAAGUCCUUACAAGGGAAAUAGAGAACUAUCCACAUUUUUUCCUGGACUUUGAAAAAACCAAAUGGGGAAUCUGUUAAAAGUGCUCACUUGCACUGAACUUGAGCAAGGACCAAACUUUUUCCUUGACUUUGAAAAUGCACAGCCCACCGACUGUGAGAGAGAUGUAUGGAACCAGGUGAACGCGGUGCUCCAGGACUCUGAGAGCAUCCUCUCUGGCCUACAGGCCUACAAGGGAGCCGGACAGGAGAUACGAGAGGCCAUUCAGAACCCCAAUGACAUGAUCCUACAGGAGAGAGCCUGGAACUCAGUCUGUCCCUUAGUCAUACGACUCAAAAAGUUGUACAGCUUCUCGCUGAGACUAGAGAGGGCCCUUCAGAGCCUGCUGGAGUCCCUGACAUGCCCCCCGUACACCCCCACCCAGCACCUAGAGAAGGAGCAGGCUCUGGCCAAACAGUUUGCUGAGAUCCUUCACUUUACCCUGCGCUUUGACGAACUCAAGAUGAGAAUUCCUGCCAUCCAGAAUGACUUCAGUUAUUACAGAAGGACCAUCAGCCGAAACAGGAUAAACAACAUGAAUUUGGAUAUAGAGAGAGAGGUCAACAAUGAGAUGGCCAACAGAAUGUCACUGUUCUACGCCGAGGCAACGCCCAUGCUGAAAACCUUAAGCACAGCUACGACAAACUUCGUAACAGAGAACAAGACAUUACCCCUGGAGAACACCACUGACGUUCUCAGUACAAUGGCCAGUGUCUGUAAAGUCAUGCUGGAGACACCAGACUACACGUGCCGGUUCAACAGUGAGGACACGCUGCUGUUCUGUAUGAGAGUAAUGGUUGGAGUCAUCAUCCUGUACGACCACGUCCAUCCCAACGGAGCCUUCAACAAGUCCUCCAAGAUAGACAUGAAGGGAUGCAUAAAGGUCCUCAAAGAACAGCCAGCAGAUAAUGUUGAAGGUCUCCUGAACGCCCUUAAGUUCACCACCAAACACCUGCAUGACGAGUCCACUCCAAAAAACAUCCGCUCCAUGCUUCAGUAACGUUUUAAUAUGAAGAGGAUCAAUGUACUGACCUCAACGAAAGAUGUAUAUGUUUACAUAAUUUAAAAGACUGGAUGUUAAUACUUGUGUAUUUACAUAGUCAUUCCCUGUUACUGAAACGUAUAGAACGUGUACCUUUUUCUUCAAAAAAUGAAUUGCCUUUUACUGUUAUUAUGUUAACAUACCUUUCAGCCUUACAAACUGAGCUUGGCAAGUAGUAUUUGGAGAAACAAGCACUCUGGUUGGUUCCUGUGACUGAGCCAAGCACUCUGGUUGGUUCCUGUGAGUGAGCGGGCGAAUGAAAGGAGCUUCAUCUGUGGUUUGUGUCAACAAAAGAUGAAUUCCAAGUCAACUCCUAGCCUGGGGUGUAUUAAUUAGUCAGAUUCCGUUUGCAAAGGAAACCGUUUACUGCAGCAACUAAACGGAAACAAACCGAGCAGACGGAACCAAACUUGGAGGGACCUACCUGCACGUGUCCAAUAGAAACUCUUGUUUCUGUUGCAAAACGUUUUCCAAUUGAAAUAAACGUUUUCCGUUGUAAAACUUUUGCAAAGGAAUCCGACAUAAUGAAUACACCCCAUGUUCCAGAUCUGUUUGUCCUGUCUUCCCAACUCCUGUGGAUGGCACGGUGAAGAUUGUUCAACUCUACUCAAUCCUCUCCUAUCUACAAGAGUGCCUAGGAGGUAGGGGCUAGCUAGGGGCUGGUUUGGAAUUUAGAAAGGGAUACAUUGAGGGGAAAAAGUGAUGGCUUUCAUAUAACGUUUUUUCAGUAAGUUGGUGGACUUUGUGCCUUGUUGGCAAGAAAAUGACAAAGGCAGUACGUGCCAUAAGAAAUAAACAGAUCAACCAAAUGUUUAUUUUUUACCUGUAUGACAGGAGGAUUGGGACACAGUGUGAUUUUAGGGGAUUUUCUUGUCUGUAUUUGGGACGCUGUAUCUAACAGAAAUCUAUUGUUCAAAAAAGCAGCUUUUAAAUCAAAACUGUCAGGUUAUAUUUAAGUGACACGGAGUGGCAAAAACAAUUCCUUCCACUGCUUUUGUGAUCUCUACUCCUGUAGUAGGAUGGCGGUGAUGAUGAUGAACCUUCUAGUCAUUCUCCUUUAUACUGUAAGACCAGUCACUGUUGUCCCAUUCUCUACCCCUAUAGACCACCACAGUAUGAGUCAUAAUACCCAUAAAACCUAGCGGUCAAAUAAGGAAAUGGUUCCAAUUGUUUUUCUACCAUUCAUUUUUCCUAUAGGGGAUUUUUAGAAACACUUAAAAUAAGGGCUGUCUUUUAUAUAGGCUAACCCUGGUGUGAGGUUUAGAUAAAUGUUACAUUUCUCUAGGACACAGUGACUUAUCAAUAUAUUCGCCUCUAUUUAAUCCCCCCAAAUGUAGUGCUAAUCAGUUGCUCAUAAAGAACUACAAAUGCCAUGAUGAGCUGGACUAGACUGCCAAAUUGAGGCAAAGGUAGUUAAUCCAGAGAUUCUUAUCUGUUAGCUAAAUUUAUUUAAUAAAUAAAAUUGGCUACAUUUCUUUAAAUUGACAAUUCUGUGAACUCUCUUUUGAACGUUUUAAAUUGACCGGUGGUGUACAAAUACUUUAAAGUACUACUUAAGUAGUUUUUGGGGUAUCUGUACUUUUACUUUUUAUAUUUUUGACAACUUUUAAUUUGACUCCACUGCUUUUCUAAAGAAAAUAAUGUACUUUUUACUCCAUACAUUUUCCCUGACACCCAAAAGUACUCAUUACACUUUGAAUGCUUAGCAGGAUAGAACAUUUGUCCAAUUCACACACUUAUCAAGAAAACAUCCCAGGUCAUCCCUGCUGCCUCUGAUCUGGCAGACUCACUAAACACGAAUAGUUUGUUUGGAAAUGAUGUCUACGUUUGGAGAGUGCCCCUGGCUGUCCGUUAAAAACGAUAUAUAGAAUUGUGCCGUCUGGUUUACUUAAUAUAAGGAAUUUGAAAUGAUUUGUACUUUGAUACUUAAGUAUAUUUAAAACCGAAUACUUUUAGACUUUUCCUUACGUAUUUUACUGGGUGACUCACCUUUUUAAUUUUCUAUUAAGGUAUCUAUACUUUUACCCAAGUAUGACUAUUGGGUACUUUUUCCACAAUACCUCUUAGCAAAGGUGUCAGCUAGAGAUGACGUGCAGGAGUAGGUAGGGAUUUGUGGUCUUGUAUGUCGUCUAUUUUGAUGCUAAUUAGCAUUUUAUAAUCUGAGAGUAAAUAGAGCUGACUAUAUUGAUAAAAGUCACCUUGUCUGAGAGAGAUUUUCACGGUUAUCAAAAUGCCACACCAGAGUAAGCCUUGACGAAAGACAGCUCUUAUUUGAACUGUUUCUAAUAUCCCCUAUGGGAAAAAUGAAUGGUGGGAAAACGAUUGGAACCAUUUCCUUGUUUAGCCUCUAGGUUCUAUGGAUGUUAUGACACCUACGCUGUGGGACUCUAUACCUGAAGUGUACACUCGUUUCCUCCCCCAUUGUUUUGGUGUAUUGAGUACAGGGAGUUCUCACACCUGUCCAUUCCAUGAAGGGGUGUGAAUCUUUACACACUUUGAGAAGUAAGGUUGGGAAUUGGACUGCGGUGAAAAAUAAAUCCCUGAAAAUGUAUCAUUUCAGUAUACAAAGUGCCAUUCUGAAGAAUAAAGCCUUGUCUCUAUUUUUAUUUUUUUACUUUCAUCCAAAAUACAAAGAUAUUUGUGUCACCUGAUUUUGUUUGGAUUGACUCUGAUUUAAAUCUGGAGUCUUGAUUCGACAUUAGAUGAAAUAUAUAUCAGAUUGUUGUUAAACCUGUGUAACUUCUGUUUUCUUUUGAGCUGUUCUUUGUGUAGACCAUUGUUUCAUGCUAAUGAACGUUGACCAAAGGGGCAUUAUAGGACUAUUCUCUAAACUCAUUCAGCUUGUAUACAAUGGCGUAUGUAUGUAUAUUUGACAUGGUUCAGUGGUCAAUUGAAUUAAUAUAAUAUUAACUGGAGAACAAGAUUGGAAAGUUGUGUACAAAACGGCAGGAUUGUGAGUUGAGUCUGUAAUGAAAAUACAUGGUGUUCUAUGAAUUGGAGAAACCGUUGUUUGGUGAUCUGACUUAACAUAUAGGUCAGACAAUCGCAUGUUAGGAUUAAUGACUUGUAGAAAUCCUGUGGUGUGCUGCGGACUCGCUCCUGUCUGUCCAGACGAACGUGGAAUUUAAGAUGGCCUAGCUUUUUGGGUUACCGUACCACCGACUGCUCUGUCCGGACGACCACUAAAGUACUCCCUCAUGUGCAUUUACCAGUAAGCCUAUGGUGUAAUGGGUCUUCUCAAGUACCCCCAUGGGUCCUAGUACCCCUGGUUGGGAACCAAUAGGCCAUUGUCAUGUUGAGCAGCAUCCAAACAAUUAGCCUGCUCCUGCCAAUUCCAUUUCUGCGUUUACAUAGGGAGCCCAAUUCUGAUCUUUUGCCCAAGUAUUGUCAAAGGAUCUGAUCUGAUUGAUCAAAGAUUCAAUUAGUGAAAAAAAGAUCAGAAUAAGUCUGCCUGUCUGAACGCAGCCAAUGAGUGACAGGGAGUUGGCAUGAUGUGACAAACAGACUGACUACUAGAUACUAGCUAAGCUUCUACAAAUGUAUCCUGUUAACAUUUUUCCUUAUCAGAGAAAGACAACCCUAGGACCAUUUUUAAAAUGGGCUUUUUCACUAGACUAAAGUAGCUUGUGCCUUGACUUGUCGCUAAGUCAGCAAUAUAGACACCAACCUCAGAUAAUUAUGAAUUAAAUAUAUUUAAUUAGACAGUAAAUAGGAUUUACAGUGCUAAUGUGAAAUGAGAUUUUGAAAUCCAUGCCAAAUCAAAAUACCUAGCUAUAUAUUACGGUAUCUAUUUUGAUACUUCAUACACACUCUCCAUCUGUGUACUCAUCGUAAUAUAAAAUACUAGAAACUAACAUUUGUUAAACGACCAUAAAAUGUCCACAGUGGAUUUUAACAUUCAUGUUAAUUGUUUAUUUUCUAUAGUUUCUGGUAAUACAUAAUACAGUGACAAUUUAGACAUACUUUUUGUGUGAAGGACAAUUUGUAUAUGCAAUGAAUGAAAACUGUACAUGGACAAGACAUUCAGCUAAAUGUACAGUAUGAUAUUGAUACAAUUACUGAGGUUUAAUUCCAAAACCAAUUUCUGUCAAACCUCUGUCAGUAUUGAACUCCAAAAUGCCUUUUUCAGCCCAAUAUAUGCUAGUCUGAUUACUGUGUGUUGAAUGCAGCUGUAUUUAAUAUAAAGAAGGGGGGAAAGUUAACUGACAACUGUUUCAUAGUUUGGAACACUGGUUCAAUGUUUCUAAAUGGCUUUAGCUUUAUAAUACAUAUUGAAUGGGUGUGUGAACUGAAAAUAAAACUGGUACAUUUCCUGCA